CCUCUGUUUUAACCCAUCGUGUGGACGUUACAGUAAUUUUCCACACAUGGUAGCGAGGGCGGACCCCCUGUUUCUGCUCCCGCCUCACAUGAUAUUUCUCACAGUGCAUUGGUUCUUUAAUCUACCACAGUCGUUAUAAUAAUAAUAAUAAUAAUUAAAAAAACCUCACAUCUGAUGAUAUAACAGUCCGCUGCUGGGAAUCCGGAAGUGGGGAGAUUUGUGGAAGCGGGUGUCAGGUGUCGGUUACAUGUUCGGCGGAAAGAGUUAAAAAUACUCGCAGUCUCCCCAACCAUCCGCAGGAGAGUAAUCGUACGUCCUCCUCUCUGUUGUGACUGGCGGCUUUGAAAAUCACGCCGGAGAUUUAUUUCCUCUUCCAAAAACAACACAGAGGCUGAAGAUGACGGUGAACUGGAUGGGACUGGCGUCCAUCGGCGCCUUCUACGUCGUCAUCCUGGGAACCGGCAUCUGGGCGUCCAGGAAGUCCAAGCAUGAGGAGAAGAAGAGCCCCGGCAGCCGCAGCGAGGUGGCCAUGGUCGGAGGGCGCAACCUGAACAUCUGGGUCAGCAUAUUCACCAUGACGGCCACGUGGGUGGGAGGAGGCUACAUCCUGGGCAACGCGGAGGUCAUCUACAACCCGACCAAGGGGCUGGUGUGGGCCGUGGGACCUCUGGCCUUCGCCACCAAUCUGAUUUUAGGCGGACUCUUCUUCGUCAAACCGAUUCGGUCGAAGAACUACGUGACCCUGAUGGACCCCUUCCAAGAAAAAUACGGCAACACCGUGGGCGCGGUUCUCUUCAUCCCCGUCAUUAUCGGAGACAUCCUCUGGAUCGCCUGCAUCCUCAGUGCGCUCGGUGGGACGGUGAGCGUGGUGAUGGACAUCCCCACCACGCUGUCGGUGGGAAUCUCGGCCGCCGUGGCCAUCCUGUACACGGCCAUGGGCGGGCUGUACUCGGUGGCCUACACCGACGUCAUCCAGCUGUGCUUCAUGCUGUUCGGCCUGUGGCUCUGCGUGCCGUUUGUCCUGACCAGCCCGCACGCCGCCAACGUGACCGCCGCCGCCGUCGGCAGGCUGCACCAGGAGCCGUGGCUCGGCAGGCUGCGGCCUGAAGACGCGGGCCGCUGGAUGGACGAGUUGCUGCUACUAAGCAUCGGCGGGGUUUGCUACCAGGCCUUCUACCAGAGAGUGCUGUCCACCGCCACCGACGCCCAGGCUAAGAUCACCUGCUACGCCGGCGCCGUGCUCUGUCCGAUCCUCGGCGUCCCGUCGCUCAUCAUCGGGGCGGUAGCGGCGUCCACCGACUGGAACCAGACGGCCUACGGUUCGCCCAGCCCCUACGAGCAGGGCAAAGCUGGCGUCAUCCUGCCCAUCGCCCUCCAGAACCUCUGCCCCUUCUACGUCUCUCUGAUCGGGAUCGGCGCCCUCGCCGCCUCCGUCAUGUCCUCUGCCGACUCCGUGCUGCUGUCCGCCGCGUCGCAGCUGGGCCGGAACGUCUUCAAGAACCUCAUUUACAAACGGGCGUCGGAGAAGCUGAUCCUGGUGGUGGUCAAAGCGUCGGUGCUGCUGUGCGGGCUGAUCGGCGCCGGCCUGGCCAUGAUGUCCAGCUCCGUGCACCUCUUCUGGAUCAUCAGCGCCGACGUGCUGUACUCCAUGAUGACCGCCCAGGUGAUAUGCACCUUCUUCCUGCCGCGGCACGUGAACCAGUACGGGGUGCUCUCCGGCUUCGUGUCGGCGAUGCUGCUGAGGGCCCUGAUCGGGGAGCCGCUCAUCGGCCUGCCCGACCUGCUGCCGCUGCCGUGGGACAGGAUCCAGGAGGACGGCCGCCGAUACCGCCUCUUCCCGUUCCGCACCGCCAUCAUGCUCCUCACCAUGGCGAUCGUCCUGCUGGCGUCGCGGCUGGCCGAGUGGAUGUUCAGCAAGGGGCUGCUGAGCGGCGUCCGCGGUGCUGAAACGGACAGCGACUCGUGCGAUAUGGCGCAAAUCCAGGCCGACGAGGAGGAAAUGGACAAACUGAACGGCGAGGCCUCGCCCUCAAUUAGAAGCAAUACAGACAUGGAGAGCUAACUUUUUCUUCUUCUUUUUUUUUUUUUUUAAAUAGGGGUAUUUUACAUGAGAAAAUUCUUCACAAAAGUCAAAUUCCGGACCUCAGAUUAUUCCCAAGAGGACCGUUGGUGGGUUUCAUGUUGAGCUGUGUUUCACAUUCCUUUAUUUAAACCAAACUGCCGUCCGUCGACAUUUUCUAUUCCAUCCCUCCUCAGAUACUUGACAUGCUUCAGUUCGUAAGCUUUAAAGAAACAUUCCAUAUGAAGUUUUACAGCUUUUAUUUACUCUUCAUAGCACAAAUCCUUCAGUAAACAUUCCAUCGGGUUUUGAGAGGGUUUUGCUCCUGAA